AUGUCUUCAUCAAUAUUGAAACAUGAUGAUUCGCUCGAAUCUAUAAACUUUAAUCAGUAUUUGAUGACUGGUGAUGAUUAUGAAACCAAAAAAUAUGAUCAGUCAUUACUGUCAUUAUCUGAUGCCAAAAUAAAAAGUGUGGAUUAAAAAGACAAAUUAAAAUAGCUCAUAAAAAAGUUGAAUAAGUAAAAGUAGAUGCUUAUUCUGAAAAAGGAAGAAUAAGCUCAAUUCAAGGCAAACAUAGCUUUACCCUAGGCCGAAUAAAAUGAUGAAUAAAGAUAUGAGAUAUGGAGGCAGAAUAUGCAUUAGAAAUUAGAAGAAUAAAAAUAAAAGCGCAAAGAGUCUUUGGAUAAAUUUAAGUAGGGCAAAACUAAAGGUGUGCAGAGUACCUUGCACUAUAGAUGGGAAAAAGAGUUCAUGAGUAGUGUAGUGGAGCAAGAGUCUCAAGAUAUUAAGUAGAAACUAUAGAAAAUUAAGCAAGAUCACAGUCCAAUUAGACUAGAGGACAUCAACAAACAUUCGAUGAUAGUUUAAGAGUAGUUCUCAACCCUUCAAGAUAAAAAAAGAUAAUAAAGGGAAGAACUAUAACUUACUCAGCUAUAGCAAUAGAGGUAUUUGAAUAAGAUGCAGUCUAAAUAUACCAAUUACAUAAAGUAAUAGAUGCAGGAUGAUAAGACUUAAAAAGAAGUGAAGGAAUAGGAAAAGUUUAAGCUAUAUCAGAAAAGAUAGUAGUAUUCAAGCAAUGUUGUAUAACUGUUCAAACCUAAGAUUAAGAGCAAUGCUGAAUCAUAGAGAUUAAAUAACUACAGCGAGAUAGUUUCGACUUAGAAUCAUGAAAAUAAUAAUCAGGACUAUGGAAUAAAAGUUACCUAGAGCUAUGAAUAAACUAAAAUAAUACCAAGUAGAACUAAGUAAUAGUAAAUUGAUUUGCCUCAUUUAAGCACAAUCAAAGAGGAUAAUGCUAAUCUGGCUGGUAAAGAUUAUCAAAUGACAAUCAAUAGAAAGUCCAGAGCAAAGAGACUAAUAAGCAGCAGAGUUAUUAAUGAGAGCCCUAAUAAUAGGACUAUACAAAUAGACUAGAUGAGAUAGCAUCAUAACGAUUAAGAUUCUAUUUGGAAAGCUCAACUAUCAGGUUAUCGGAAAAGAGUAAAUGAUUACGAGCCUAGCACUCCUAAGGGAAAAUAAUUGGUGGUUGCCUCAUUGAAAGAACUGGAUAGAAAGAUAUAGGUUUACGAGGGUAGAAUGAAGAGCAGUUUGGACAGCAGUGUGGACCAAAUUAAGGUGAGAAAGAUAAACGAUGAAAUGAUGAUUGAGAGUAUAAAACUUAAACUCGCCUUAUUAAAUAAUAUAGCGUGCUAAUGA